UGUUUGAGAAAUUCCGGAGCUUUCUAUGAACUGCGCUUGGGUCACCGAUCAAACCCAGAAGGAGAUAUGAUGAUUGGAACUUCAGAUCAUCAGGACAACAACAUCGAGUUUCAAAGAAACAAGAAACUGAAGCAGAACAAUCCUGAAACAGAACCUGAUUACUCUUGUUUUGUUGCCCAUGUCACUGCUUCAAGUCUUGAAACAGAUGCACUGUAUCUUCCACAAGAUUUUACAAGCUCUAAUGAUCUUAAAAGAAAAAGCUGCAAGAUUGUCUUGAAAGAUGAAGAGGAAAGAUCAUGGGCAAUGGACCUGCGGUUCAACAAGGGAUCUGAUACUUGUUACAUAAGCCGAGGUUGGAAGCAUUUCUGCGACGAAAAUGGCAAAAAUGAAGGAAGUGUUUUCACGUUCAAGCUAAUGAGUAAUGGGGAAACCCCUUUGCUCAGUGUCUUGCCUAUAAAAUCUGACAAUGGAAGAACACAAGGAGACAAGAAUAGUAGUCAGAGUUAUAGAGAUUCAACUUCACCAAACCAUAAUAGAUUUGUGACUUUGACUCUUACAAAUGACAGCCUUAAAAGCAGUAGAGUGUAUCUUCCAUUGCCGUUUGUGAGGGAAAAUGGCAUGAACAACCCAAGGAUGGUAACUUUGUUGGGGAAAGAUGGUGUAAGGUGGACGGUAAAUCUUCUACGGGAAAGCUCGGGAAGAAUGAGUUUGGGAAAAGGCAUGAAAGAUUUUUCUAAAGCAAAUGGAUUGAAGAUAGGUGAGUCCUUCACAAUGGAGUUAAAAUGGGAAAAUGCAACUCCUGUGCUCAGUUUGUUCUGUAAGGAAUACAGAAUCCCAAACAAAUUUGUGACACUAACACUUACACAUGACAGCCUCAACAACAAUAGACUGGGUCUUCCAUUAUCAUUCAUGAGAGAAAAUAAUAUGAACAAACCUGGGACAAUGACUUUGUUGGGAAAAGAUGGUACAAAGUGGAUUGCAAAUCUUCUACAAGAAAGCAGAGGGAGAAUGAGUUUGGGAAAAGGCUGGAGAGAGUUUGCAAUAGCAAAUGGGUUAGAGAUUGGUGUAUCUUUCACGUUGGAGUCAAUUUGGGAAGAUGCAACUCCUAUGCUCAGUUUGUUCAGUAUAGUAGAGUCCACAAGUGAUAAAAGACAACAAGGAGAGUGUUGCUCAAAUGCUAGCGAAGAGGAAAAGUCUAUUUCAACAUAACCUGAGCAAUGGAAAUAAAACUUAGAAAUACAAGAACAACUUAGAGGAGAGGUGUAAUGAGCAUCUUCACUAAUUCAAAACUGAUAUGUGACAUUAGCACUUGUACCUGAUACAUUGGUUAGUUUACAAACAAUUUUUAUAGAUUUUUUCAGAUGCAAAA